UUCCUCCCAGCAAUAGGUUACGCUUAGGUUACGUCGGUUACCCACGACAUGGCGGUUACGUUUUCUACGUCAACGCGCAUGUGCAAAUAUUAAAAAUAAAUCAUAAGGGCGGCUUGCGGCGUGAAAGAUACUCUCAGUUAAGGAUUGUUGUUGUUGUUUUUUAAUCAUAUCAAUCAGAUAUAAGAAACAGAAAAGCUUUUUUUCUUUGCGAAAUCUUCAAGAAUCAUUUGUAUUGGUUGGUACCAUAACAGUUAUUACAAGGAAUGGGACUGAUGGCAUGGCCUAUCCUAUUAUCUUGGGAAAAAAAUGGUAACAAUUGGAAAGUUGAAACAUCGUCUACGUCAAAUAGUUUAGAAAGUAUGUUGAUGAGAGAAAAUAUCAGGUUGAAGAAGAAAAUUUCAGAGCUCGAGAACCAACUUUCAACAGACUCUACAAGCUUACCUAUCGAAAAGUAUGAUUUUUACUGCCAUAUACUAUUUACAACAUGUAGAUUUUUUGUUUCUCGUAUCUCCUUUAUUCGAAUUAUAUUAUUAAUGUAUUCAAAUUAUUAUUUGAAAGUAAAAGAGAAAAAAAAUUAGCUAAACCAGAAAUUCGAACAAAAAUAUUCUGCAAGAGCUUCAUUCUGCCGAAAAUCUUAGUUUAAAUGUAAUAUAUUCCUGCGAAAUUCAACUCGUGCAAGACAUAUUGCAAUUAAAAUACUAAGAAGAAAUUUCUGUUUCCCACCGUUUUCUUGCAGUCUCAAACUAUGUUAAUUUAAUUGUUUGAAUUGUUUCAUAGAAACCGCAAAAAAUGUCCAUUACAGUCAUGUGAUAGUUGUGUUACAAAUUUAUCUCGGCACAUGAUAGAAGUACACUAUUGGCCCCAGAGUAAGGCAAAAUAUUGCGUUGGCAUAUACGGAUUGAGGAAACCAGGUGUUAGGUUUUAGGUCGUCGAAACAAAAGAAUGAGUUUGCACCUCCAAGACGUCCACAAACUAUCAAAAGGACCUUACUUUUAUAGUAUGUUGAAAUUAGCCAGGGUGUGUGACGUUGCAUCAAACAACGAAGUACACAUAUGACAUCCAUCCCUGCCAAGCAUGUCGCCACUGAUGAUCGCCACUGAUCCGAAGUAACAGAUUCGGAUAGUGACAUGGAAGAUGACGAAGUGGUUGACUCUGCUGAAAUUUUAGAGAGGUUUGUGACAUAUAAAAUUUCAGUUGAUGGAGGGAAGAGUUGCCAAAAGAGUGCUAUUCAGUCAAAGCAGCAAUUGAGAGAUAUUUGGGCAGCUUUGGAUUCCUCAUAUCCCAGUGAUUUAGUCAGAAAAUAUAAAAUUCGCGACACCUUUUUGACAACGUAUGCCGAAAAGACAAAGGAAUACAAAGCUUUAACCAUUAAACGGUAUAUUUUGUCACUGCCACACUUCUAUGACUUUCUCCUUACUGAGGAGAUCCAUCUACCUGGAAUAGCACCAGAUAUGAUUUUAAGGAUGAAAGUUAGUGUAUCUCGAUGGAGCAAAUCUAAUAAUGGAACGGUAGAGAUACAGCAGCUUGAGAGACAGAUGGAGGAGCAACAAGUGCUUAUCACGCCUGAGCAGAUACAACGGUAUGAGGAGUCUGCCAGUGCAAAGGAGGCUAUCUCGAUAAUUAAAAAUUUUUGUAGCCCUUACCGAGAAAACACCUUGUCUCGUCAAGAAUAUGCGUGUAUACGGGAUUUUCUCAUAACGGAAAUAACUAUAAUUAAUUGUCAGAGGUCUGGCGUACCUAGCAACAUGAACAUCGAUGAGGUGAAGGCUGCUGUAUUUCGUGAUGGUAAAUAUAUUAUUAAAGUAAAACGUCACAAGACAUUUAGGAAACACGGUCCUGUUAAUCUGUGUACGAGAGAAACCUUGUACCAACAGCUCUUAAUUUUUUUCGAUUCAAUUCGCAGUCAGAUACACAGUGACUUUGAAAAUGUUUUUGUUUCAUAUAAUGACAAGAUGUUAGAAUCUGGAGCAAUAUCGAAACAAAUUAAUAGCACUUGGAAAAGGUCCGGUGUUUAUGGUGAAAACGAUCCGCCAGUGAGGAAAAACAUCACUUCAAAUAUAUUUCAAAAGUCUGGAUCCACCAUCAUUGAAGAUAAAAAUCCAAGUGAAGCUCCAUAUGUUGCUAGCCUGUUGACGCACUCUGAGAGCACCUCCAAAAAAUACUACCGUUUAAUAGAAAAGGAAAAGUAUGCCCUUAAGGGUACAGCUGCCUUGGAGGAAACUUUCAACAAACGUGGCAAAAAAAAUAUUUACGAAAAAAAGAAAACGUGGACUGAUGCCGAAGUCGGGGAGUUGGAGACUCUAUUUAAGCAGUUUUUGACUGCGAAAUCUGUCAGAAUUGGCGAUGUACGUAAUCUACGUGAAAAGUUUAUCCAUCUUAUUCAUUUGUCUGAUAGGCAGAUUGUAGAUAAAUUGAGAAGCUACUGGCGCUAUGGAGUCACGGAAGAGGAGAAAGAUGGUAAUGAUGCUGUUGACAACUCAUGCUCCUCUAUUGCAACUAAAUACAAACAAUCUGUGUCAAAAGGAGUAGAUAAGCAUCAUGGUGAAAACGAAGAUGUUGACGAAGAAAGUGAAGAUGAUGAUUAUGAAAAUACAGUUUCUGGGAAGGAAAAAUUUUUCUCGAAUGUUGAAGCUAACAUCAUUGUCGAAGAUCAGUGCCGAGAUCAUUCGUUCUGGACCAAUAUCCAUCAAUAGAGUAGAACGUGCACUCGAAUCAAGCUCUGUUGGAAAACGUGUACUACAAAACUUUGACAUGUCGCAAAUACAAACAAGGCUUAAAUAUGAGCGCUUGUAGUACAGAAAAAGUUCCAGAAGAAAGUGUCUCUAAACUGUUUUAUUUCUACCUUUACUGUACGAAACAUUUAACUAUAAUUUGGUGUAGUUUCGCACACUUUUAAUUAUUUUUCCCACUAUUAAACGCUCCUCAUUGUAUGUAUCGAGAAUGUUUUCAUUUUCUUUGAAUUCUUAUGGUUCGUUAAAAAAAAGAUCUGUAGCGCACGUUUUAAUUCUUAACGGUGCUGAGACAAGAGUAUGGAUUAAAAUAAGUACCAUUUGUUAAAAAUAGUUAUAUCGUUUUGCAGUAUACAAGUUAUGUUUUAUGUGCAUCACUUGACAUUUUUAUGUAUGUUAUUUUUCUAUAUAUAUAUUUAGUUAUGCAAAAACAAUGAACAAAAUUUCCGUAA